AUGAAGAUGGUCUCCUCCUCGCGCCUCCGCUGCCUUCUCCUGCUCCUCCUCUCCCUCACUGCCUCCAUCAGCUGCUCCUCCGCCGUCCAGAGAGACUCAAAACUCCGCCUGCUGCUGCACCGGACCCCGCUGCUGGGCUCCAAACAGGACCUGUCCCGCUCCUCCCUGGCGGAGCUGCUCCUGUCGGACCUCCUGCAGGUGGAGAACGAGGCUCUGGAGGAGGAGAACUUCCCUCUGGCUGAAGGAGAACCUGAAGACAUUCAUGUUGAUCUUGAACGAGCCGCCGUCGGCACUGGGCCGCUGCUGGCUCCCCGAGAGAGGAAAGCUGGCUGCAAGAACUUCUUCUGGAAGACCUUCACCUCCUGCUGA